CAAACAAACUUCCACCUCUUUAAAUAUCACAUACGCUGACCACUAUCUAAUCGUUCAGCUCGAGAGUCAAUUAGUGAAAACACAUAUACAAAAUGAGAGAAGGCAAAGUCGCAGUCAUCACAGGCACGAAUUCAAACCUCGGUAUCAACAUCGCUUACAGGCUUCUUGACGAGAUUUCUCCAUCGACAAAUCUUACAAUCGUCGUCACAUCCCGAACGCUUCCCCGAGUCCAGGAUGUGAUCUCUAAAAUCAAGAAACAUGCCAGAGAAAAGUUACCACACCGCACCGGUUUUCUUGAAUUCGACUAUCUUCUUGUGGAUUUCACGAACAUGGUGUCAAUUCUUGGUGCCUACUAUGACUUGGAGAAGAAGUUCCAACAUAUAGAUUUUGUAUUCGUGAAUGCUGCUCAGGGAUGUUAUAGUGGUAUCGACUGGAUUGCCGCCUUCCAGUGUAUAUUCACCAACUUGCUCGAUGCUGUCACUUUUCCCACGUACAAAAUUCAGCGCAUUGGCGUGAAAUCAGAUGACGACAUGGGACUUGUUUUCCAAGGAAAUGCUUUUGGGCCAUACUAUUUCUUGCACAAAAUCAAGGCACUUUUGGCAGGUGGUGGCCGAAUUAUCUGGAUCUCUUCAGUUAUGUCAGGGCCUGAGUACUUGUCGUUCAACGACCUUCAACUUCUCAAAUCUCAUGAACCUUACGAGGGAUCUAAACGUUUGGUCGAUUUGAUCCACACUGGCUCGUAUAAAAAGUUGAAGAGUGAACACGGAAUCCUCUCGUACGUGGUGCACCCAGGGAUUUUCACCAGUUUCUCAUUUUUCCAAUACUUGAACUUCUUGACCUAUUAUGGAAUGAUGUUCAUGUUCUACAUGGCCAGAUUCAUGGGCUCCCAGAUCCAUAACAUCUCUGGGUAUACUGCGGCAAACUCACCCGUCUGUGUGGCAUUAAAUAACAAGGAACAAGACGCGAAAUUGGCCUCUUCGUGCGAUCGCUGGGGUAAAGAAUUCAUUGACAAAGCCGAAAUUGACCCCACAGGUGCUGAGGAUGUAAUUGCAUACAUGGACAAGCUUGUGUCUGAAUGGGAUGAAACUCUCAAACACCAAAUCACACCAACCCGUAUUCCAUAGUGUUAUUACUUUGACUCACCUGCCAUGCACGAGCAGCCGCAGCCUGUAGGACAUUCCUCAGGCAAAUCGUGUGUGUUUUC